UAUUGUAAUUGCGUCUUGAUUAUUGAACAUCAAUUGUUUCGCCUAUUUAAUAGUCGAAACGGCACUGCGCAAGAGCCAUUCGCAACCCCCCAAAAGGUCUGAGCAGAACAACAAAACAAGACCUGGUGGGACUCGUGCUGAAGAAGAGCUUCACACGUUAAGUGCGUCGUUGAUCUGAAUGCGCCUCUGGGUUCGCUCUCUUGCAUGCACCAGCGUUUAGCUGCAGCUGCGGGGCCUGCACACCACAGCAAAGAUAACGGCAUUUAGCUGCACGCUGUUGUUGUUGCGGCGGCGUUAGCGAUUGGUGCAAGUGUACGCGCUCCGGAGUACAUAAAGCAUACAUAAACCAAGUGAGAACCGGUUUUGGCGCGGACCGCUGCGAUUGGCCGCGACGCACGCUAUCAACAGCACGACGUCGAGCACAUACACGCACACAUCUGCAGCCAGGUAAAUGCACACAAGGGAGCAGGUAAUUACUGCUCUCUCUCGCUACCAGCACGCUCUCUUGCGCUCUCUGGCUCUCCGGCUGCGCGCAGCGCUUGUGCCGCUUAUAAAAGCCGCUGGGCAGUCUCGUCUUGUUUCAGUUCUUCUCUUUCGUUCAUUGCAACAGCAACACAAACCAAUUGACGGCAACCCUACAUUGAGUUCGUUCAGUUCGUUAAGUUUUGUGCGCAACGCGAUGUUUAUGUGAAGCCAGCGUCAAAAUCAGUUCAGAGUUUUUGUGUGACAAUAAUACAAGAUAACCAAGGGAAAAAGAAAAACAGUUACAAAAUGCAUACCGUCGAACAUAUACUAGUGGAAAAGAACUACAGCAAGUGUCCUUUAAAGAAGCGCCCUGUCAACUAUCAGUUCGAAGCCGAACCCGAGGAUUUGUGCCUCAAAAAGAACAGCAACGAUGCCUGCUCGACAACAACAACAAAUGUUGAGGUCUCGGUCGCAGCAGCCGCCUCCAGCUCAGAGGAGGAGCUCAUCAAUGUGAGCGACUGUUGCGAGGACGAAGGCGUCGAUGUGGAUCACACGGACGACGAAGCGGAGCACAUGGAUGUGGAGCACGAGGAUGAGGAUGAUGUCGAUUGUGUCAACGUUGAAAGCGAUCCCAAACAGACACAGGCCGCUGCCCUGGCAGCUGCUGCCGCUGUGGCCGCAGCCUCGGCUGCGGCUGUCGCCGCCUCCGUAGUGGUGCCCACGCCCACCUAUCCCAACUAUGGCCUGCAGCCAUGGAACUUCCAUAUGUCGCCGUACACGGCGGAGUUCUAUCGCACCAUCAAUCAGCCGCAUUUGUCAGCAGCAGCAGCCGCAUCGGCGCCACUGCGCGCCGAGCUGCUCUCGCCCAGCUCACCAUCCGAUUCGUUGGGCUCGCUGUCGCCACCGCCGCAUCAUUAUCUACAUGGACGCGCCAGUUCCGUGUCGCCGCCGAUGCGCUCCGAGAUGAUACACCGACCGCAGUUGGGAGUGCGCCAGCAGCAGAGUUUCCUGCCAUAUCCAACGUAUCCUGCAGCCUAUUCCGCUCUGGGCUAUCCGCACCACCAGCCGCUGCAUCCCCAGCACCAUGCGCCGAUUUCGCCAGCCUACUCCGAGAGCUCCUACUACUCGAUGCGCAGUCUGACGCCCGAAUCGAGCUGUUGCUCGGUGCCGGAGGAUCUCUCCUUGAAGCAUAAACAAGCUGCUUCUGCCGCACACAGUGAUGCCGCCAGCAAACAGCUCAGCCACAGCAGCUCCGCCUCAUCAGCUGCAACGGUUUCUUCGUCGUCCUCCUCCACCUCCUCCGCCUCGUCUGUGUCGGCCUCGUCGUCGCCCAGCAAAAAGGACAAGUCGUCGCCGCCUCGCUAUCAGUGCCCCGACUGCCAGAAAUCUUACUCGACAUUCUCGGGCCUCACCAAGCAUCAGCAGUUCCACUGCCCCGCCGCUGAGGGCAACCAGGUGAAGAAGUCGUUCAGCUGCAAGGACUGCGACAAGACGUACGUCUCCCUGGGCGCACUCAAGAUGCACAUACGCACCCAUACGCUGCCCUGCAAAUGCAACAUGUGUGGCAAGGCGUUCUCCCGGCCCUGGCUGCUGCAGGGGCACAUACGCACCCACACCGGAGAGAAGCCGUUCAGCUGCCAGCACUGCCAUCGCGCCUUUGCGGAUCGCUCCAAUCUGCGGGCGCAUCUGCAGACGCACUCGGACAUCAAGAAAUAUUCGUGCGGCAACUGCUCCAAGACAUUCUCGCGCAUGUCGCUGUUGACGAAGCACAACGAGGGCGGCUGUCCGGGCGGCAGUGGCUCUGGCUCUGGCUCCAGCGCCGGCGCUGCUGGCUCCACCUCUGAGCUAUCCUACGGAGGCUACGCCGAGCCCUAGGCUCCCAGCUCCACCUCGUCGUAGUUCAUUAUCGCAUUACAACGUUCUACACAAGCCAUGUUCCACCAAAAAUUAGUUCCUAGCUCGAGAGUAAGCGGAAGCCGGCAGCUCCAAGACAAAUCCAAGACACACACACACACACACACGCACAACCAGAAAAACACACACCCAGUGAAACGUUAAAAUUUUUAUUUUAUUUUAUUUUUAUUUUCUAGUCAACAUUUUC